CAGCCCGGUACACACCAAAGUUCUCGCUUCUGGUGAAUUCUCAGUGCUUGCACUCUCUCAAUCAACCACUUUCUUUUUGCACUCGUUUGCACUUUUCUCCUUAAAGGAAAAACCCAAAACUACCAGAAAACACUCGAUGUUUGUUCUUUCUCUCGCCAACGUCGUUGCCGUCAAGGUCUUCAAAAAAACCACACCGAAUGGUAAGGUCACCGUCUACUUGGGCAAGCGCGACUUCGUCGACCACAUCGAUCAUACUGAACCCAUUGAUGGAGUAAUUGUUGUAGACAAUGACUACCUCAAAGGCCGCAAGGUCUAUGGCCAGCUCGCGACCACCUACCGCUUCGGUCGCGAGGAGGAUGAGGUCAUGGGAGUCAAGUUCAGCAAGGAAAUGGUCCUUGCUAAGGACCAGAUCGUGCCUGCAGCCUCUAAGAAACUCGAGCUGACCCCCAUCCAGGAACGUCUGAUCAAGAAGCUGGGCCCGAACGCCUUCCCGUUCACCUUCCAGUUCCCCCAGGCUUCGCCAUGCUCCGUGACUCUCCAGCCCGGCGACAAUGACGAGGGCAAGCCCCUGGGUGUCGAGUACACCAUCAAGACCUUUGUGGGCGACAAUCCUGAGGACAAGAGCCACAAGCGCUCCGCCGUCGCCCUGGCCAUCAAGAAGAUCCAGUUCGCUCCCGCUUCCCGCGGCCGCCGUCUGCCGAGCUCCCUCGUCAGCAAGGGCUUCACCUUCUCUCAGGGCAAACUGAACCUGGAGGUGACCCUGGACAAGGAGAUCUACUAUCAUGGCGAGAAGGUUACCGCCAACGUCAUCAUCACCAACAACUCUCGCAAGGACGUCAAGAACAUCAAGUGCUACAUUGUCCAGCACUGCGAGGUGACUAUGGUGAACGCCCAGUUCUCCAAGUACGUCGCCGAGUUGGAGACUCGUGAGGGAUGCCCCGUCACCCCGGGAGCCUCCCUGACCAAGGUCUUCUACUUGGUGCCCCUCGCCAGCAACAACAAGGACCGUCGUGGCAUCGCUCUUGACGGCCAUCUCAAGGACGACGACGUCAACCUUGCUUCUUCCACCAUGGUGGAGGAGGGCCGCGCUCCAUCCGAGGCCAUGGGUAUCGUCGUCUCCUACUCUGUGCGUGUCAAGCUGAAUUGCGGCACUCUUGGAGGAGAGCUCGUCACUGACGUGCCCUUCAAGCUUCUGCACCCUGCCCCAGGCUCCUCCGAAGCCGAGAAGGUCAAGGCCAUGAAGAAGGGCAAGUCUGUUGACCGCAACAAGUACGAGAACUCCCACUACGCUGGUGAUGAUGACGACAACAUCGUCUUCGAGGAUUUCGCUCGCCUGCGUCUGAACGAGCCUGAUGAGUAAAUAUGUCGCGACGACGGCAGAGGGAGACGUGAAGUUGCCGAUAUUUGCAUUCGACCACCGUUGAAUGUUAAUUACGGCAACUCCGGAACAUCUCAACUGAGCACUCCCAUAAAAACCACAUAAAAUGAACAAAAAAAUUGUAAAAUUUCAAAACCUAAAAAAAAUUGACCCUCCAAGUAAUACCUACAUUGACGUCCAACACACUCAAGGUAGUCAAUUAGAGAUCAAGCCAAGUCAACAAACGAACACAGAAUAACUCACCAGAAGUGAUUUAAAAUCGUGUGAACUAAAUUUGAGUUUCUAUAGAUCUAAACUCGCUCCCUGAAACGCUUUAAGUAAGAAACAACUAAGAAACUUGACAACAAUCAUGAAAGGAAAAAGAGAAUUUGGUGUGUCUGUCGUAACUUAAAAGGGCCACAAGCAGGGAAUAGGCAAAGGGUGCUUCUUCGUCUUCUCCGCUUAGAGCUCCGAGCAGUCAAAAGGUGGAGAAAAGAAGAAGCACUCGAGCAUCAGUACAGCUUAGUGGUCGUUUUACUUGCGGCCUUUUUUAAUUUUUUAUUUUUCACUUUUAUUUUCCGUAUAAUUUCAUUAUUUUCUUUCACAUUGUGUUGGUCAGAUAUUUUGGCUCUAAUUUGACUUUUCCUUAUUUCUUUAACAUCCUGAAUUCACCGUUUUCUUGUGUGAAGCAUUAAUUUUCAAGUUGGAAAAACAGAAAUUAUAAAAAAAGUAGUCCAAAAAUUGUAAGAAAUUGUAUAAAACAAAAACUGGAAUUUCUGGCAAAUUAAAAAAUGAGCUUUCAAUUGGAAGCAAA